UGUAUUCCUAGUCAAAACAACAAAAGAAAAUGAUUGAUGAUGAUUUAACUAACUCCCUGGCGUGACAGGGGUAACCGAAUCCAUGUCUUCUGGUCGGCAAAACCAUAAACAACAAGUUGCAAAGCACUCAUAUCCCAAUCGGAACAAUGUCCAGGACUUCUUGAGAACUUGAUGAUCCCGCCGGGGAUAAAAACACCCAACCACGUUUUUAUCCCUCCAAGCCACCACCGCAAACACCAACCCGGACAAGAGCGCGUGACCCCUGUCGAUGAAACCCAACCGGUAUUUCUUCAGGUCAGGAACUGGCAACGGCGGCGCCCCUUGAAUCAAACAGCCACAUUCCGGUGGACGUGGCAAACCGGAGUUAGAAACUGGAAGGCUAAGAGGGUUCCGGUUGGCAUGAGGUUGGCUAAGUUGGCCGUCACAGACAAGACUUGUGAUAAUGCUCGCUGCGGCGGCGUCGAGGAGGAUGAGGACCGCCGAGGUGUUGGUUGUGGUUUUGGAGAUUCCUGUGCAUUUUCGUCGGAGUCAACUGCCGGAUUUGCUAGACUUGCUCGGGUUCGGAGAGACAUGUUUUGUUCAAAAAAAGUUUGGAAAUGAGUUGUUUGAUGAGAGCUGAAAACUAGUGAAAGAAUAUGUUGAAUUUGAUAUGUUG